AGUUACACAAUCAUCGACAGUCGCCUGAAAACACCUCACAGCACUCACACAUACUGCGGAGCUCCUCUUCUCUCUGGGCCAUGGAACUCUCUGCGGGACUGUUUCUGGGGCUUCUGUUCCUGAUCCUGCUGUGGCUCUUCACCCUGAAGACCCGCAGGACUCUCAACCUGCCCCCCGGACCCGCCGGACUCCCUCUGAUCGGAAACCUGCUGCAGCUGGACAAGAACGCUCCUUUCAAAAGUUUGGUUCAGCUGAGUAAAACCUACGGACCGGUGGUGACCGUGUACCUGGGUCCUCAGAGGGUUGUGUUUCUGAUGGGCUACGACGCUGUGAAGGAGGCCCUGGUGGACCAGGCGGAGGACUUCACUGGCCGGGCUCCAUUUCCUUUCUUGAUGAAAGUUACAAAAGGAUAUGGUUUGGGGAUCAGCAAUGGGGAACGCUGGCGGCAGCUGCGGCGCUUCACCCUUUCGACUCUCCGAGACUUUGGAAUGGGACGGAAGGGAAUGGAGGCUUGGAUCCAGGAGGAGAGCAGACACCUGGUGGCCAGGAUUAAAAAUACACAAACAUCACCCUUUGAACCCACCUACUUCCUGAGCUGCUCUGUGUCCAACGUGAUCUGCUGCCUGGUGUUCGGUCAACGCUUCGAGUACGAGGACGAGCACUUCCUGCACCUGCUGAAGAUCAUCUCAGAGGCCCUGAGGUUCGGGAGCACCCCCAGAGGACAGUUGUACAACGUCUUCCCUCGGCUGAUGGAGAUCCUCCCGGGUUAUCAUCACACCGUCUUCAACCUGAUUCAGGAGCUCAGGGGUUUCGUCAUGACCAAGAUCCAGGAGCACCAGGACUCCCUGGACCCGGCUUCGCCCCGGGACUACAUUGAUCGCUUCCUCACUAGACUCCACCAGGAGAAGCAGGACCCCUCCUCAGAGUUCCACCACGAGAACCUGGUGGGGACGGUCUUCAAUCUGUUCCUGGCUGGAACAGAAACCACCAGCUCCACCAUCAGAUACGCCCUCAACGUCCUCAUCAAGUACCCCAAAAUACAAGAGGAGAUGCAGCAGGAGAUCGACUCGGUGGUGGGGCGACAGCGCUCUCCCUUCAUGGAAGACAGGAAGUCGCUCCCGUUCACCGACGCCGUCAUCCACGAGAUCCAGAGGAUGAUGGACAUUGUUCCGUUCGGGCUUCCUCACUACGCCCUCAAAGACAUUUCCUUCAGAGGCUUCAACAUUCCCAAGGUUCGUUCCUGGCAUCAUUCAUGGAGAACAAACGUGAGCAACCAGCUGGUGUCUCUUCAGGGCACCUUCAUUUUUGCACUGUUGCACUCAGUGCUGAAGAGUGAGAAGAGUUGGGAGUCACCGCUUGACUUUAACCCUCAACACUUCCUGGAUCAGAACGGAAACUUCAAGAAGAAUCCAGCCUUCCUGCCUUUUUCUGCUGGUAAGCGGGCGUGCGUGGGAGAGUCGCUGGCCAGGAUGGAGCUCUUCCUCUUCAUGGUGUCGCUGCUGCAGAGCUUCACCUUCUCCUGCCCGGGGGGACCCGACAGCGUGGACCUGAACCCCGAGUACAGCAGCUUCGCCAACCUGCCGCGCAGGAACCAGAUCAUAGCCACGCCCCGUUGUUGAUGACGUAACGCCGACGUCAGCGCGUGCAGAAAUAAUAUCAGAAUCAGAAUUUAAUUUAUUGCCAUGGUCAGUGGGGAGCCCACCAAAAAAGUGAAAGUGUUUUGGAAUGAAGUGCUGACAGAAAAAAAGUAGAAUAAAAUAAACAACAAAGGCUGUUCACGAAUUCAACAGUCUGAGAGCCUUUAUUUUUUUUUUUUUCAAUCACAUUUAAUAUAAAGAUAUUGGAUAAUCCAGGAGCAUGUAGUUUAUUCUUAGAACUAAUGAUCAUUUGAGGAAAACUUUCACCUUUGUGUUGACGAAAUAACUUAGGCGAAGGGUUGAACUUAAACACGCGCAGUUACACACCGUACUACCGACAGCGAGACGCUUCUUCCUGAGCUCGCCGUACUCCAGACCUCCCCAUCUGUCCCGAAUCCGGAUCAUGGAACUCUCCUCCGGACUGGUUCCGGGGCUUCUGUUCCUGAUCCUGCUGUGGCUUUACAAACUAAAGAGCCGCAGGACCCCCGGCGCUCCCUCUGAUCGGAAACCUGCUGCCGCUGGACAGGAAGACUCUUUUCAAGACUUUCGUUCGGGUCAGAGCUUCUUCUGGUCGUGCGCUCUGAUCAUCCGGAACUUUCCUGCCAAGUGUCGGGACAUCAAUGUUAUUAAACCUGGAGUUAAAUCUGGUAUUACUUUUCUUAAAGAACACCUUUUAGAACACU